AUGGCGGCGCGCAAGUUCGGAUGGCGGCCUUCCAGCACGGAGUACGUCAUCUCGCUCGACCCGCGCGACUUCUCUCGCCACGACCACCCCACCGCUGCUGACUCCUCCCACUCCCCCCACUCCGCUCGCACGUCAAGCGCCACACACGCCUCGCGAAUAUCCUGUCUCGGCAGCACCAGCAGCGCGGUAGCAAGCAGCAGCGUUACCGACGGCAGCAGCGGCGGCGCAGGCAGCGGAGCGGCAGCGGGCAGUGGGGGCGCAGCAACCAGCGGGGGCGCAGUGGGCAGCGGAGUGGCAGCGGGCAGCGCGUAUCUGGGGCGGGUGCGCGCCAACUUCCUCGGCACGCGCUUCACCGUCUUCGACGCGCGCCAGCAGGGUCCUUCCCCCCCCGCGCGCGCCCCCGCAGGCGUCGCCGCGCCCAGCAGCAGCAGCAAGGUGCACCCCAGCAUGGCCGCGCCUGCGCCCGCCCCUGCGCUUUCCAAGGGGAAGGGCGCCGGGGGGAGAGGCGCGCGGGGCGAGCGGGAUGAGGGCGCAGGGAGCAGUGAGGCUGUAGGGCUGCUGGAAGGAGCUGGGAGUGGGAGAGGGUGCGGGAGGGGCAGUGGCAGCUGUGAUUGCUGCUGCGCCUGCGCUCCCCAUGGCUAUGCCUCUUCCGCUCACCCUGCCUGCCCGUCCGCUGUGCCCCUUCCCUCGCCCUCCCCACACGCCACCCCCUGCGCCCGUGGCGACUGCGCGUGCAGCCCCACGUCCGUCCUCUCGCCCCCCUCCUCCGCCCAAUCACUGCCCGCCACCACAUCGGAUAGUGCCGCGCCCCUUCCCCCCCUCAAACUUCCUCCUUCUGCGCUCGCUGUGCCCGCCCACACGCCACCACACUCUUGUCCCCUUGCGCCCUCUGCGCCCUCUGCGCCCGUUCCGCCCUCUGCGCCCCUGCCCGUGGCGACGGUGUCGUACGCGCUCAACGUGCUGGGCACUCGCGGUCCGCGCCGCAUUCAGGCUGUGCUGCACUGCGCGCCAAGCAGUGGGGGAGGACACGUGGCAGGCAGUGGGGGGGCUGCGGAGCAACGCGGGAGAGAAGAAGGGGCGGGGGAUAAGGGCAUGAGAUGUGGGCGUGAGGGGUGGGGCAGAAGGGACGAGUGUGCGUGUAAUGAGGGGGUAUGUGCAUGCGGUGAAGGGGUAUGUGUGUGUGAUGGCUGCUCGAGGCAUGAUGGGGCAGGCGAGGUUGAUGGGGAUGGCAGGGAGCAGAGCCACAUGCCAUGCUGCCACGUGUCCCAUCGUCAUUCGUUCAGCCAGGAGAGGCAUGAAGGCGAGGGAUGCGGGGAGGCGGCAUGGGAGCCGAUGGUGCUGAAGAAUAAGCCGCCCAGAUGGCAUGAGCAGCUGCAGUGCUGGUGCCUCAACUUCAGGGGGCGCGUGACAGUGGCGUCUGUCAAGAACUUCCAACUCAUUCACGCCAC